GCGAUAACAGGGUAGAAGAGCGAAUUCUUCACAGGACAGAAGAAGGACAACAUGAACGACUUUUCUACCAUUUAUAAACUGAAUCAGAAGAGAUCAGCUUCUUGGAUGGUUGUGGCCCCUGCAUCUAUGGCUGAUAAAAUUGUUGUCCUUGAUGAUGAUGAUGAAGAGAAGAGUCUAAAGACCUUUUGCUCUACAACCACCUCAUCAAACCAACGCAUGGCCAAAUAUGUCUCUCCACUCAAAGCCAAGCAGCCUGUACCCACUCAUAUCACCCAGUCACCUUUCGCCACAGCAAAAAAAGAUAAACAUGUUCUGCAGGAAGAAAAUAAAAAGCUCUUUGCUGAGUUUGUGGAUCACUGCACACCCCUCACCCAGGACUGCUCCGAGGUCUUGAACUACCUGCGUGCCAAGCACGAUAAGGCCUCCCCUGACUUUCUGUCAUCGGUAGAGUUCAGGAACACCCUGGGGCGAUGCUUGACUCGUGCACAGGCCACUCGCUCCAAAACCUUUGUGUAUAUCAAUGAACUGUGUAUUGUCAAGGUUGAGCCUGGACCUUCUACCUCAACUUCACAUUCUUCCCAGUCUACCUCAAAGCCAGCCAAAAGAGAGGACAAGGGUAAUGUCAAGGUAGAAAAAAAGGAUGGUAGUGCAAAGAUGGAAGAUGUUGACGAGCAGCCUUCAACCUCAGGUCUGCAAGGAGACAAGAAGGUCAAAGUAGGAGACACAGAUGUGGAUAAACAGCAACAGAGGGCUUCAAGGAAACAGAUAGCUUACCUGGAGAACCUGCUGAAAGUGUACAAUGAUGAAAUCCACCGGCUGCAGCAGGCUGAGUUGAGUUUGGACGAACUCGGCAUGGAGCACUCCUCAUACAUCCAGGAACACAAACUCAAACGCAAGAUGAUGAAGAUUUAUGAAAAGCUGUGUGAAAUAAAGGGCUGCAACACGCUAACAGGCAGGGUCAUCGAGCAGAGGAUCGUCUACAAGAGCACACGUUAUCCCGAGAUCAACAGGAAGAUUGAGCGUUUCAUCAACAUUCCCGAAGCUCAAAGGAACCCUCCAGAUUACCAGGACAUCCUCCAACAGGUGCUGCGAGCCAAUGAGCGCCACAACUUGUCCCUGAGCCGAAAGCAGCUGAACCAGAUCGCCCAGGAGGCCUUCACAGAGACGGGGAGCCGCCUGCAGGAGAGACGCCACCUGGACAUGGUCUACAACUUUGGCUCCUGGCUGACUGACAGCUACAAGACCACCCUGUCAGACGCGGCCCUGCAGCGACAACUGCGGUCCAACAGAGAGAUGUCUUUGUCCCGCCUGGAGAACGUCAUCACCAAGUAUGCUGUCAAGCAGGAGAACACUGAGGAGCAGGACAGGUGCAAGCGGAUGAAGGAGGACAAUCAGGAUAGAGGUGCCGCAGCAUUUCACAGAGGAUUGUGGGCUUCCAAAGAUGCCAACAAGGUGAUUGAGAUCAACUCGUACCUGCUGGGCACGAUGUCGGGCAGCGCAGCCGACUGUCAGUACUGGGAGAGACUCCUGGUCAAAGAGUGCAGGCUGUACAGGCUGAGGAACAACCAGAGGAUUUCUGUGUCUGCUGCAUCCAAACUGCUGUCCAACAUGAUGCUGGGCUACAGAGGCAUGGGUCUGUCUAUGGGCAGUAUGAUCUGUGGAUGGGACAAACAGGGUCCUGGUCUGUACUACGUGGAUGAUAACGGGACGCGUCUGUCUGGCCGCAUGUUCUCCACCGGCUGUGGAAACAGCUACGCAUACGGCGUGGUGGACAGCGGCUACCGAGAAGACAUGACAGUGGAGGAGGCGUAUGAACUGGGACGUCGGGGCAUCACUCACGCCACGCACCGGGACGCGUACUCCGGUGGGGUCGUCAACAUGUACCACAUGAGGGAGGACGGCUGGAUAAAGGUGUGUAAGGAAGACGUAUCAGAGCUGAUCCACCGCUACAGGAAGGGAAUGUUCUGAAUCAGAACACGCUGAACAUGACAACAAUGGAUUUAUUAUCAAGCUCAU